GUCCCCAGAUGUGGUUGCGCUAUGGGUGCUACCACCCUGCUGCCUUUUGAUCUCUGUCUUUUACGCCUUCUACCUCGGAGCACACCCUCUCGAUCCACUCCUGGAGCCGCCGCGACCGCGGCAAGUUCAAGCGCAGCACUGGAUGGUUUGGGCUCCCACUGUUUAUGGAAAGCUUGAGGCGACUUCCGACAGGUUGAACUUCCGCUGCUACAACACAAGUGGCCUCAACCAGAUCCGACACUUUGACUACGCACUGGAGGUCGAGGCGCAAUCCCUGGCGGUGUCCACACAGACUUGCAUCUGCUGCCUGGAGGACUUUGAGGAAUCCUGUGAGGUGGCUGUGCUCCCAUGCGGGCACGUCUUCCACCAGGAAUGUAUCGCCGCCUGGGCCAUCUCCUCCUCAAGAAAUCGGGGCUCGUGCCCCACCUGCCGGGAGAACUUCGCAGCUGGCGGCACUGAAUAA